AUGGUUACGAUGAAUCCUUUACACCUGACCAAUCUGUGUGCAUGGCUGCUUCUCGCCGCCGGCGGCAUGGUGCUUUCAAGAGGGAACGGCGGCCCCAGCUUUGACGAGAACUACUAUAUUACGUGGGGAAAUGACCAUGUUCAGUCUUUGGACCAGGGAAGAGAACUUCAGCUGUCGAUGGACCGUUCUUCUGGGUCUGGAUUUGGUUCCAAGCUAAGCUAUGGCUCUGGGUUGUUUCAUUUGAGACUAAAGCUUCCAGACAAGGACUCUGCUGGCGUCGUCAUAGCUUUUUAUCUAACUUCACACAAUAAUAAGCAUGACGAGUUGGACUUUGAGUUCUUGGGAAACAAGGAAGGGAAACCUUAUACGUUACAAACAAAUGUGUUUGCAAAUGGUUAUGGGAAUAGAGAGCAAAGGAUGCUUCUCUGGUUUGAUCCCACGACAAAUUUUCAUUCCUAUAAAAUUCUUUGGAAUGAACAUCAAAUCAUAUUUUAUGUGGAUGACAUCCCCAUUAGGGUGUUUAAGAACAACACGAACACUGGAGUUAGCUACCCAUCACAGCCGAUGCAAGUAGAAGCAAGCUUGUGGAAUGGUGACAAUUGGGCAACAGAUGGGGGCAAAACAAAGACCAAUUGGAGUCAUGCACCAUUUGUAGCACACUUCCAAGGAUUCAACCUUAGUGAUGCUUGCCCAUUCAAACCCUCCAACGGUACUAAUCGAUGUUACUCUUCAAACUACUGGUGGAAUUCAGAGAAGCAUUGGAAACUAGACCCUCUCCAAGAAGAAAAAUACAAGGAUGUAAGAAAGAAGUAUAUGACUUAUGAUUAUUGUACAGAUAGGCCUAGAUAUCCUACACCUUUCCCAGAAUGCAUCCACUAA